AUGCAUAAGCUGUGGCAAUGGAUCAAGGACCGCAAGACCAAUACGGUCCGGAAAUGGCGAUCGUCGGUGUUCGCCGGCUCCAGAAGCCGUGUCGACAGUAACUUUGAUCCAUUCGAAGACGGUCAUCUUUUUCGCGGGUCUCAACUGAACAUAAACCGAGGACCAAUCGGUGGCAGUGAUUCUAGGCUUCAGAGGGCGUCGAGUGGAAAGCGAGCCUUUCAGAGCCUAAAACGGAAGUUAACACCGUCGAAGCGGGAUCGCGGUCCUAGGCUUCCGCCAGACGAGCCUAAGGCUAAUACUGAUACUAAUGAGCUUAGACAGUUACUGUUGGAUGAGGAUGACGUUUAUGCGGUGAGUUGUGGUUUAGUUUACUGUAAGAUGAGUUUCUUGAUUUUAAAUGUCUUUUUAGUGUUAUUUAGGUCGUUUUUUGUUAAAAUUUUGGGAUUUUAAGCUCACUUGAAAUAUUUCUUAAGACUUUUAAACACUUUUUUUAAAACUUUUUUGAAAUUUUAAAAAUUUUUCUAAAAAAAAUAUUUUGAGUUUUACUACACCAAACCCCUACAUUUUAACUUGUAAUACACUUAGUACGUAAUUAAAACGUUUUUUGUGCCUUUGGAAGUCUUUCCUAAUAUUUCCGACAGUUGUUCGAUUAUGAUUUCUGUCACUUUUUUCUCGACAAAUCAUGAUUCAUGCACCUACAGCGCUGUAACCCUAAGGCACUCUGUAACUCAAAAUUUACUAUAAACUUAUAGUUUUAGGUACGUAGUAUAUCAGGUUUUCAACAUUUAUCACAUAAUUAAGGGUUUUAAUCGCGGAACCAAGUUGUUUUAAGGCCAACUGUCACUUUUUUUAAACGAAGGGAAUUCUCGGAGGGUAUUGUGACGUCACGUUACGUAAUAAUUGUUUUUGCGGUAUUUGCGUGGGCACUUUUGACAAGUUUUGUUACAAUUUACGGGUUGGAAGUACGGUUUUGAUGGAAGGUUUAUCGAGAUUGGAGGAUGGAAAUUAGGAUUAUAUUGUGCUUGAUUAGCUGAUACUUUUUCUUUAAUAAUGCGGGAGGGAAGGGGUGAGGAAGAGGGGGUGAGGAGAAGGGGAAGGUAAAAAAUACGUUUUACAAAGAAAGUACCCAACCUGCCCCGCUCAGAAUCAGCUCUAAAUUUUUAUAUGAAUUUCUUUUACUACCAAUAGUACCUAUAAAAAAUUUCAGCUCGCGCGUUUGAGUAUUAAAUUUGAAAUAUUUUGAUUUUCCGCCAAUUUGGCAAAUUUGGCAUUGUGUUUCAAGCAUUUUUUUGACUUUCCAGACAAGAUACGCUUACCAAUUUAAAAAUAUAGGUUCAUUUCAAGGUAUUCUACUAGUAUAUCAAAGAAAAUUGAUUAAAAGUCAAAAAAUGGCAAAGUUAUAAGCUUGAAACGCAAUGCCAACUUGGCGGUAAAUUCAAAAUUUAAUUUUUUAAUCUCAAUUUUCUUGGGAUUUCUUAUAAAGCGCAAUUUAAUACUUUGCUGAAGAUCUUAUACUUACAUGAUCUUUACAUACAAAAAGUUUGAAGACAACCAGAGCGGGGCAAGUCAGGUACUUUCCUUGUAAGUUGUUUAGUCUCUUAUCAUUUUUUGGCUCUAGCAAGAAUAGGGUACGGCUAAAGCUGGGGCUUAAGAAUAAAGUGUGGCAGCUUAAAAAGGAAUUGACUGUACCGCAAAUUUUACAUUCGAAUUUUUGGGUCUCUCGAUACUUUUAGGCCUACAAUAACAAUUUACAAGCUUGUUAAUGACAUCAUCUUUUAAAAAGGUUAAGCGAACUUAACAAAAAAUGAAACAAAACAUCAAGAUGAGGGUUGCCUACGUCAUUCUCUGACGUAGCAUCGGUUCGUCUUUUCAUCACGUUGUGCCAAACUUUUUGAAUGAAACAUUGAAAUUGAUGUUUCUUAUAAAAAAAUGUUCUUCUUUUAUUACUUAAACACAAAAUUUUAAUAAAAAUAAAUUCAAUUUUCAAAUAUAAAAAAAAUUUAAAAAAUUUUUAUUUUUCAAAUUUAAUGUCUUAUGUGGCCUCCUUGUUUACCUAUUGAUUCUCAUCAUAAAACCUCCAGACAAGUCUUGUUUUCCCAUCAAAGUCCUUGUUUUUAUCGUAUUAAGCCUAAACUUAUUGAUCACAUUACUCAUCCAAAACAUGUUUAGAGUCGAACAUCACUGAACACAUAUCAACAACCUUCACCUUCACUAUCACAGCAUUCGGUUCGAUCUUACCGGUCGGUCAAUGAUAACUCGGAUCUGCCACCGAGUGGUCGUAGCCGAGGCUACAGCUACUCUACGAUAAAGUCGGCCAAUUCACCGGAUUUGAAUAAUGCUGUAACGCCCAAAACAAGACGUCGCUUGAGAUUUGUCAUUCCACAGGUGAGAAAAAUAAAAGUCGAGGAAUGUUGGUUAUUUAUAUUCAUGUUAUACUGUGGACGUGACAUAGGGUUAUUGAUUGGUUUUGAGGGGGUAAAAGGAAGAUUUUGCAAGAGCUUAGAAAGAAAUUAAAUUUUUAGAAUUCUUGGAGGUUUUAAAGUUAGAAAGAGAUACAGGGUAUGGUUAUAGUAAACUUUUAAUUAGGAAGAAGGCGUCUAGUUCUAUUAUAUUACAAUAGAGACGUUGUGGUAGACCAAGAUAGGGUAAAGUAAGAGUACAGCUUGGGUUCGGGCUUCGGCGGGCUUGGGCUUAGACUAAGGCUAAGGUAGGACAAGUACAGCUAUGCCUAUUCCUAAGGGUAGAGAUAGGGCGUGAGCUAAAGAAAAGGAAGGCUAGGACUAAGGUUUAGGCUAAAGCUCAGGCUUAGGCUCAGGCUUAGGCCCAGCUUCAAGCUCAGGCUCAGGCUUAGGCUUAGGCUCAGGCUCAGGCUCAGGCUCAGACUCAGACUCAGACUCAGACUCAAACUCAGGCUCAGGCUAAAGCUAAAGCUCAAGGCUUAAACCCAUGUUAAAGCUAAGGCUAAAGGCUUAAUCUAAAAGUAAUUCUAUAGCUAUGUCUAUCUCUAAGAUGUUAUAAUAUAUUAUAUAAGCGUAAUGUAAUAUACACCUUACUUUGCUAAUUAUUUACAAAAAGCAUUUUUAGGUAUCACUAUCAACUGAUGACAAUCCGAACGGAGAGACGACAUUGUUGGUGGGGUCGAAUUCUCAAGAUAGUAUAAAUGAUUUCGAAGAACAUAUUGAUGUUCCUACUAACUACCAAGCGUCACCCAACCCUUCGAGACGCAGUUUUACUGAUAAUGAGAGAAGAAGGGCAUCUAUGGCGCAGAGAAGGCAGAGUACUAACCAAGUAAGUUAUUAUAGACUUUUGUAGAAUAUUUAUUUGAAAUGGCAGUGAAACUUAAUAUUUUUAAAAUUUUUAAUUUCAAAAUUAUAGUACAGUCAAAAAAUUAAAAACAAAUUUAAAAAUAGCCAAAACCUUUAAAAACUUGAUUCUAUGAACUUUGUGACCGAUAAUCUAACUUACCUUCAAAAAUCCAACAAAAUGUUACAGUAUCUCAAAUGUAACCUACAGUAAUCUCAAUUAUAAACCUUUUAGUUAGUACAAUCAGUCAGCGGUCGACGGACCUCAACCACGUUAAUCCCACUUACUGUAGCUCAAAUUCACUUGGUACGAUCGUUGUGGAAACAAGUCUACACGACCAAAGGGCCUACAGUAAUCGGAGAGACUGUAAUGCAUAGAUUGUUCUUUAAAUAUCCGAAAUUGAGAGAACAAUUUCGACGAGUUGCAUUGCCUGAAGGCUUCAGUAAUCACGAUCAUUUUGGGAAAUACCACUACAAAGUUGUUGGGGAGCUGGUUGAUCAGGUAAGUUGGUAUAUCAGUGGUUUAUGGGUGAUUAUGUGAUUGUUUAUAGAUGGUAGAAUAAAGUUUAGAAUAAUAGCCAUAGUACUAGUUCGUAUCCUAGCCUAAGAGUUAGCUGUAGCCUUAGCCCUGAACCCUAGCUUAGAGUCCUAGUUUAUAGUCCUAUCCCAGAGCCUUCGCCGAGAACCUUAGCCCAGAGCUUUAGCUCUAACCAUAUCCCAGAGCUUUCGUUUAGAGCACUCUCUCAGAGCCCUAGUUCAGAGCUCUAGUACAGAACUAUAACCAUAGCGCUAGCUCUAUUUCUAGCUUUAGCCAUAGCUUUAUCCCUAGCCUCAGCUUCAGCCAAAACCCCAUUCAUAGCUCUAACCUUUUCUAUAUCUAUCGGCCCCGCCUUAGCUCUAACUUUAGUCCUCGAUUUAGUUUCUAGCUCUAGAUUUAGCCUUAACUCUAGUCUUCGCCUUAAAAAUUUGAAUAAUUUUAGGUAGUGGAAAGUCUGGAUAAUCUAGAGGCAGUUGGAGAAGAAUUGGAACGAAUUGGAAGGAUACAUGCUACAAUUCUUCAUGGUCAACUUUCUAGUAAGUUCUGAUAGUUUUGGUAAUACAAAUCAUUAAUACUAAUCAAGGAAGACAAGAUAUACUAAUUGGAAACUGGCUUCAGGUUUAUUGAUUCUCAUUGGCCUAGCUUAUUGAGAAAAAAAUUUUAGCGGGAAAACAAAAUUUUAAAAUAGACCAACCUACCAUAUUAAUUGCUAGUAUUACUAAUAGUUAUAAACCAUUUCAGGCAAAGUAUGGAACUACGUAGCAGAAACAUUCAUCGACUGUACGUUAGAGUGGGGAGACAGAAGGUGUAGAUCAGAGACGGUACGAAAAGCAUGGGCCCUUAUCAUUGCCUAUAUGAUUGAGAAGCUCAAACAUGGUCAUUUGGAUCAGGUGAGAUCAUAAUUAAGUUGAGAGAUCUUAGGUAGGAUAGGGUACCUUUUGUUAUAGUAGGGUAGGGUAACGUAAGGUAGGGUAAGGUACUUUAUGUUAUAUUAGGGUAGAGUACUGUAUGUUACAGUAAUGUAGUUUAACGUAAGGUAAGGUAAGGUACUUUAUGUUAUAUUAGGGUAGAGUACGGUAUGUUACAGUAGGGGAAAGUAGAAUAUAAAGCAUAUAAUAUGAUGGUAUCUUUAUAGCGAAAGCAAAUGUUAACCAUGAAAUCGACGAUAGCGUCGUUGGAAAGGCUGGCACUUUCCAACAACCGAUAG